AUGUCGAACGAGGCGCCAAGAAAAUUUCACAUAUUGCCGAAAAUUAUUAAUGGCGGAAUUGCCGGUAUUGUUGGAGUAACUUGUGUAUUCCCACUCGACUUGAUAAAGACUCGUUUGCAAAACCAGCAAAUCGGACCAGACGGCGAGCUGAUGUAUAAGAACAUAAUUGACGCUUUUCGUAAGACAUUUAGAGCAGAGGGGUUUUCCGGUAUGUAUCGUGGCUCGGCCGUGAACAUUAUUUUAGUUACACCGGAGAAAGCGAUAAAACUUGCCGGAAAUGAUUACUUUCGCUUUCAUUUAACUAACGCUGACGGUAGAUUGCCGCUUAUUAAUCAAAUGUUCGCAGGAGCAUUUGCUGGAGCUUUUCAAAUUAUUGUUACUACUCCCAUGGAAUUAAUAAAGAUUCAAAUGCAAGAUGCGGGACGGAUCGCGGCUCAAAGUAGAGCAAAAGGUCAAUCGGUUGAAUUACCCUCGACUUUAAGAAUCACUCAGAAGUUAUUACACGAAAGAGGUAUACUCGGCUUGUAUCGAGGCAUAAAAGCGACAGCUUUGCGAGACGUCACAUUCUCGGGGAUUUAUUUUCCUCUCUUCGCUGCGUUGAAUGAUUUAGGUCCCAGGCGCGAUGAUGGUUCUGGUGGAACGGUAUUCUGGUGUUCGUUUCUAGCGGGCUUGGCUGCUGGUUCGGCGGCUGCGUUCAUUGUUACGCCUCUGGAUGUGAUAAAAACCCGUUUGCAGCUUAUCAAAAAAGGCAUGGACGAGAAGGAAUUCUCGGGGAUAAUGGAUUGCGUGGUUAAAACUUUCGAAACAGAGGGUGUGACAGCUUUCUUUAAAGGCGGCUUGUGCCGUGUAAUGGUGAUUGCACCACUUUUCGCUAUAGCACAGAUGGUUUACUUUCUGGGUAUAGGGGAACGUAUUUGCGGCAUUGAGCAUUGAGCAAAGAAUGCCGAUCACCAUAAUCUUUGCCGCAGCGAUUAUACUGAACCGUCUGAAGGCAUUCUCUACUAAACCUCUAGUUG